AUGGCUCAUUCCAUCGAUAAUUUUAAUGAUUAUAGUCAAGAAUGGACAGAUUUUGUUCGUCAAUAUGAUAAGGCCUAUGCCACCGAAGAAGAAGCUCAACUUCGUCAGUCGAUCUUUAUUAAGAACCUCCGCGAAAUUGAACGACACAAUAGUCAAGCUAAUCAGACUUACACAAAAGCCGUCAAUCAAUUUUCUGAUUUGACCCAAGAAGAAUUUCAAAUACGUGUUCUUACGCCUCAGUUGGCCUUUGCUCCUAUUCCAAAAGCGCAACCGGUACCGAUCAUGACUCGAUCGUCAACAACUGCUGCGUCAAUACCUACUGGAUGCACACGUGGUUCAAGCAACUGUUGUAUUUCGUCAGCUAAUCCAAACGCAUGCUGUGCGGCUCUUGGUAUGGGAUCAUGGAAUCGACGUCAAUGCAAUGCAGGUAGUGGUAAUGGUGUUGUUCCCAACAAUUGCAUGUCGCGUGAUUCACGAUGUUGUCAAUCAUCACAGAAUCCAGGUGAAUGUUGUGCUGCUCUAGGAUUUGCAUUUUGGGAUGGUGGUUGGUGUCGAGGUGUACAUGCAUCCAAUGUUCCAAAUGAAUGUGUCGCUUGGAAUAGUCACUGCUGUUCAGAAAGUACUGUACCUCAAAGAUGCUGUCGCGCACUUGGUUAUGAAUAUUAUGAUGGAGCUUUCUGUCGUAAUUCAGCAGACUGGUUUCCAGCCCCUGAAUUCUUAGAAAAUGUUUAUCCAAAG